UGAAAGUGCAUAGACAUGGGUGAUGAGAGUGUUGCUGCUUGGCCUCAAGAGGACCCUCUGUGGCUCAGUUUCCUUGAGCAGAUAUCACAGUGUGUGGAGACACCGCCUCAAAUUCAGAAUCAAAACCAAGUGGUCGCAACAGAAAUGGGAUGCGAAUGUGAAUACGGUAGUGAAGCACACCGAGCAGCCUCGUUGAGUAGGUUUCGUCAAAAGAGGAAACGACGAUGUUUUGCUAAUAAAAUAAGAUACAAGACGCGUCAAGAAGCUACCCUCAGGGUACAUCGUAGUAAGAGCCAGCUUAUUUUGUCUAAAAUCCAAGGGUCAGAACAAGAUGUCAUUUAUCCAGAGAUAUUAUGCUGCAAUUGUGGCAUUAGCUCAAAAUGCACCCCUAUGAUGCGAAGAGGGCCAUCUGGACCAGGCUCACUUUGCAAUGCUUGUGGGCUUUCUUGGGCAAACAGGGGUGUCUUCAACUAUAAGAAAGCAAUUUAAUGUAUUUAAAUUAUUAAGGGAGAACACAUAAGAGAUCUCUGAAUUAUGAGUAUAUGUUGGACAGAAUAGUGUGUGGGAUAGAAAUUUUUCUUCUGUUCAGUUAAUUGUAUAGACAUCUAUAUAUUCUCUUAAAAGAUAAUUUGUAUAUAAUAAAAAAUUAUUAAUAAAUUUAUUUUGUGAGCUUUAGUUGUAGAUAUGCAACUCUUGUAAUUAAGAAUUUAUACAUGGACAUUAAAAGAUUGUGAAAAUACUCACUGUGACAGUUUUCUUAACCAUUCUAUUACUUUUUGCAAAAAAUAUAAAUAAAAAUUAAAUACCACAAGUUU